CAUUCAUUUCACAUCCCAGUCAUACUCUGCCUCCGAGACUCGCCGGUUGUUCUCGCCUUAUUUCGCUAUAAAUCCCCGCAAAAAUUAAACACCCCCGUUAUCAAAGAAACUUUUUGUUUUCUCCCGUCCCCCCUCGCCCCCCCGGGGUCACGAAAACCGGAAGUAUACGUAACAACGAUCACGUGCGCAACUUCCCUGCGAUCUGAUGUUUUCUUCGAAGUGUGUUUUCCGAAGAAAAUUCUGAUAAUUCGAUAAAUAAGAUCGUUGGACAAUUUUUCGUGUUGAAAAAAAAAAAAGAAAUAAGAAAAAAUUAGAAAAGAAAGGGGGAAAAUGGAUACGGGGACGGUGAGACUUGUAAUAUUUGUUGGUAUGUUUCUCGUGUUUGCCGGUGAUUACACAUCUCUGAUGUCAACAAUUUUCGGAACUAAUGCGGAUAAGAACGAUACCACCGCAUUGAAACGUCGCCAAUUAUCCGGACCUGGAGUCGUUCCCCAGAAGAGUCAGGAUUCGUCGGAGAACGACGUACCUCCGAGCGAUGAGAUAAUCGCCGAUCAAUUUUUCAAGGAAAAUGGAAUUUCGGCUAAGGCUAAGCUAAUGUCCACGAUAAAAACUGCUUGUCUUCCGAAAUUAAUUUGCGAGUUAACAGCGUCGACGAAUCAGGAUCAGCUAAGUGAAACGGAAAGGUCGUUGCUAAAUCUUAUCAGGGAUACCAGUCUCAGUACAACGGCGGAAGUAGCGUCGAGAUAUCAUUUCGCUGCACAUAUGGGACAGCUCAUAUCCGGUCUCGAAGGACAAGGAUGUCACAAUUUUUAUCCUACUUGCCCAUUUCCAGGAUCAAGCGUGUUGAGUAUGAUGAAAAAAGUCAGACUGCGUUAAAUAUGAACGGCCAAUUUUUUACCCGUACCAUUUCUUCUCCCCCCUUCCUUUUUCUUUUUCUUUUCCUUUUUUUUUUUUUUUUUUUUGUUUUAUUUUUUUUAUUUCGUUCUUGCUUCGGUUAGUGUCGAUAUUUUAAUAUGUCCAAAGUGAUAUUUCAAUGUGAAGCUAGUCUGAUAAAUAAAAAUGUAUAUUAUGACGCGCGGAUCGGACGCGACAAAAUCAAUUCUCUGACAACGCGGAGUGCAGAGAAAAAGAGCAAAGGAAUCAACGACGAGUACGAUGAAAAUGAAUAAUAAUAAAAAAACGAUCAACGUCAACUUUAAGGAAAGGAGAAAAAAAAAAAAUUUGUAACAAGUUUCGAAUUUUCAUUGUAUAUUUUGUAUAGUAAAUUUGUAAUAAUUCGUUAGAAUAUAGCGUAGGUAUAUAUUAUUCAUUCGGAAAGCAUUCGAAAAAAAGAAGAAAAGAAAAUCACACCCUCUACAUAUAAAAUAUGCAUAUU